AUGCCGCCCCCGCUGAUGGCCGCCUCGACGCGUACGCCGCCGAUGAUCACCGUCUACCCCGACUCGGACGCGUCUUUCGCGAUGCAUGCUAGGCACGACGUCGAGACUACUCUGCUCCCCAGCCUCGCUCCUCACCACGACGCGUCUACCAUGCAGAACGGACAGCUCAACCACACCACCAACGGAGCUCGCGGAUCAUCACCAACCAAGACGGAUAGCUCUCCCAUGAGACCCAUGACUUCCCAACCUCUGUCGAGCAUCCAUAUUCCGCAACCCAUACCACCCAACUUCACCGACUCGCCACAGAAGAAUGCCAACUUCUAUCCAAUGUACUAUGCUCCUCCACCGCCGCAGACUGCGCCCCUAGACUUCCCACCCGUCCAACUAUACGACAAGGAAAACUUCUACGGCCCUCCGCACUUCCAAGGAAUGGCCACCAAUCCCUACGGCGAGUUUGACUACGGAUUCAAGGGUCCCAUGAAGCGGACCUUGGCGGAGCCUACGCCACAACGCGAUCGUCCGAAGAAGCAGAAAGUGGACAAGGACGAGCCAUUCGAGCUCCCCGACCCACGAGAUAUGCCCGCCGUUCACGACGAUGGCACGAAACCCUCUCAAAGCUAUGCGGAGCUGAUUGGCAUGGCCAUACUACGCGCCCCUAACCGUCGUCUCACUCUGGCUCAAAUCUACAAAUGGAUCUCAGACCACUUCUCCUUCUACAAGGCUUCCGAGAGUGGCUGGCAAAACAGCAUCCGACACAAUCUUAGCUUGAACAAGAACUUCAUCAAGCAAGAGCGGCCCAAAGACGAUCCAGGCAAGGGCAACUACUGGGCCAUCAAACCAGGCGAGGAGAGGCCGUUCCUGCUGGGCAAGAAGAAUCCGAUGCGACGCAUCACCAACCCCGACGGCUCGCACUACAUCAGCGGCAUCUCCUCUGAUUUGGGCUACCCAUCCUCCUCCGCCCCUGCGAUUGGCCAUUUCACCCUCGCGCCGAAUCCAGUCAAGAGGAAUGAAGUGAAGGCGAUUGACUCGGCCAAAUUCCCGGACGAGGCUGAUUUCUCCUCUGACGGAACCAUCGCAGCCUCUGACGGCGCUCCGGAGGAGGAUGACAAAGAGGAGCCCGUCAUCAUGAUGCCUCCUCCGGUCAAUAUCCGCUCCUCUCCUCCGCCAGUUGACAUCGGAUCAUCACCUCCCCCAAUGGCUAGCCAGACACGCAAAGACACGCCGCCUCCGGUCCCACGCUUCGCCCCCACCAGUAGAUCCGGCAAUGAUAGACGAAAGUUUGCCGGGAUGAACGACAGCGGCUACUGGUCGUCCAUUGAAUCGUCGGUAGCGCGCAACCCUUCGCAACUACUUAUGUCGGAAGCAGAUACGAGCAGACCGCGGCUCCGAAAAGGACGCGCCGAGGCCGAGAUUGCUCGGAUACGCAGCUCGUCUAUUGACAGCCCCGGCAACGAUCUGCAAGCGUUCAAGGCGCCAACAUGCCACUUUGACUCCUCGUCACCGAUGCGCGAUGACAAUCCCUUGACUCCUGCGGUCGUAUUCAAGCGGCCAGCCAAACCACCACCAUCCGUCUCACCAAACACGAAUCUGCGUAAUCAUCGUAACCGAAUGAGAGCGCUGUUGGGGACGCCGGCGAAAGCAUUCAGUCCCGGUCCGGUUAUCAGCAACUGGAGCCCUGCCUUCAAUAUUGGCGACGAUAGUCAUCUUGGACUGACGCCGCAAAUGUCGCCAUACAAGGCGAACAAGACGCCUUGGAACCCGUGCCAAGACACGCCGAGUACCCUGAAAAAAGACCUGUUCAGUGCGGCAUUUGACAUUUUCAUCGACGCCCCGGAAGAGGAUGCAGUUGCUCGUGGUUCGCCGGCGAAGCUCUCGAUCAAACGUCCAUCGCUCGUCCGAGCUGCGACCUCGGCCGGAAUUCUUGCAGACAUCACCGGCAACGCUAAGAGCAACAGCCUUGCGCUUGCCGCAUCCAAUGACAGUUUCUUUUCCCUGUCACCCUUCACCCAACGAUCUGGGAUGUUCUGCUCACCCGGUAAGCUGGGAUCACCACUCAAGCAGAGUCAUCAUCCACCAACCGGUACAGCAGAGCUUGGGCUGAAAUGGCGAGGAGCCAUUACGGAAGAGGAGAACAUCCAGCCAGGCCUUGAAGCUGAGCGGAAUGAUGCACUAUUUGGCAUCCACCUUCCCAGUGAUGGCAGCGAGGAAGCUAUCGACAUCUUUCAGGAUUUCGGAAAGAUUGGAGGAGCGCAACAAUUCAUGCCGGUGCCGAAUCGGGCUAAUGGAAGCCCGGUGAGACGUGUGACGAGCGGGAGUACGCGACCUUCCAUCGCCCGGAGCAACACCAGUCGAUGGUAG